UGCGGGGGUGGAGUGGGGUUCUCAUGACCGCCUCCUUCCCGGCCCUGUCCUCUGUGCAAAAGAUGGCUCUGGGGCUGUCUGCAGUCAGUCACCUAGCUGCCCGCUACUUGGUUACCACACCCACACCAGCUGCAGAAAUGCAGCUGAUAAGAGCGGUGGUGGCCACAAGAGCAGAGGACGACAUGUGAUUUCCGAUUCAGUUAGGCCAAGGCUGAUAAGCCAGACUGCCCGGGCCACCCGUGGAGGCUGCACUGGUUCAUGCUCUCCCUUAUCAUGCUCUCGGCUUAUUUAUUCCCCGCUUGUCACUCGUGUACUCACUCUCCAUUUGCUUUACUGAAUGAGCCAAUCCUCUUCUCGUGGUUGGGGUGACUAAAAUCUGACGACUGCUACUAUCCCAAAACUUCCUGAGCAGGCAGCGGGUGGGGGCAGGCGGGCAGGCAGACCAGUGAACACCAGUGAAGAGGAGCUAGAGAGAAUUAACCUCGGGGGACAUGGGAAAUUCAGGAAAGAAAGUAAUAGGAGGGAGACAGAGCCAGAGAAGAAAUGAUGCUCAUCCCUGAACUGCUUUUUCUAAUGGCUUUUUUUAGAACCUAGUGAGGGCCUUACGAGGGAGUCAAACAAAUAAAAACCAGUAACUCCAUACUCCAAGUAACUGCAAGCGACAGAAGCCCACAUGAAACAGGUUUGAUCUUCGAAAGGUGGGGAAAUUAUUAGAUCGCAUAGAUGAGCAGAUUAGAAAUAGAUUAGGUAAUAGGGUUUCAGGCACGGCUGGAUCUAGGUGCUUUGAUUACAGCAUCAUUAUCUAUCUGGCUGCUACUCUCCAGAGCUGAUUUACCAAUGGGCUGCGACCAGGGAAUCUGUGACUUUUAAAAAGAGAACUAAAAGGUAUUGUUGGAGAUGUUCCUGUGUGAUCGAUUUCACGUUGAGAUAGAAAGGGAGGAGGGUAGGGAGGCAGAACGAGGAGGAGCUUCCUCUCAAUGCCCCCAACUAUCCUUCCCUAGACCGGACAUUUGUCACCACUGACCACUGGUCCCUCCUUGACAUUCCUGCCCCAGGUUUUCCUCUUGCCCCUCUCCUGUCACUUUGCCUUGUUUCCCAUACUUCUUGGUCAAACAGGAGAUGACCCAAGAAGAAGAUUAGAAGGAGAGUCUCAAGGCCUAGAUGGUUUUGGUUUGCCUGUUUAGAGACAGGCUAGCAAAAUGUAGCCCAGGCUGGCCUUGAACUCACAGAUAUCCACCUGCCUCUGUCUCCUAAGCAUGGGGGUCAAAGGCGUGGACCACCACACCUGGCAGCCUGCAUGGUUAAGAACCUUCACUGGUUCGUGGAGAGGCAGCAGCGAGGAGCUACUCAGGGGUGAGAUUAAGGAAGCAGCCCAGGGCAAAGCCCACAGGCUGGGGGAGGCAGUGCUGUGCAGACUUGAUGUGGUUUAAGAUGCAAAUGUGGGACGCCAGGUGCUGGGAUGACACCAAGUUUCUGUUCCGAGGUGACAGACAGAGGCACAGGUUUGGCUGGUGUGGAAUAGCUCAGUCUGUACAUGUCAGGGGGGAGGAGCUUAACGGACCUCUGGCCCAUGAUCUCCAGUAUAGGGUGAGGCAUAGAUGGGGUGUUUGGACUUUUGGAAAAGCCUAGGUUUCUGCUUCAGGACCUCAUCAGCAUGAGAGCGGACCCUUGUGGAAACAUCCGUCCCUCUAGACAGGUCAGUUGCAUUAGGUCAGAAUAAGGAAUCCUCCGGGGACAGUGAGUGACCACACCCACUUCUUUGAGGGGAAAAAAAGCAUCUGCAGGAUAUGCCUGGGAGGGGCUUUGUGGGCUGUGAGGAAGGGGAAGGAAGGGGAGGGACAGGACUGGCUGAGUGAGGAAGAACAUUUUCUGCAGAUCUAGGGUAGACAGUCAGGAGUACAAGGUCUCCUUGGCUCCUUUGGGACACCUGGUCCCUGGGGUUGCUGGCCUUCUGGACAGGAGCUCAGGAGCUCAUCGACUGAAGGAUCUGGACAGGUGGACAGCUGAGGGCCAAUGCCCGUGCUGUGCUGUGUGACACGAUUCUCCCAGCAACUAGAGGCUGGCUCAGUGCUUCCUUUCAGCCCAGGAGAGACACCCCAAGGAAGUAGGCCUGAGGCCCUUCACAGAGCCAGCAAGGAGAACAAUCUCUGUGUAGAAACCACCAUUCUGCUUUCCACUCUGCUGCUUGAGACAACCACAUCCUUCCCUUACAGGACAGGCUCCAUGGAGAGCUCAGAUGUGGAGCUGGACUUCCAGAGGAGUGUACAGGCUGUGCUGCGAGAGCUCAACACCCCAAACCCAGCCCUCCAGAGUAAUCAGGGCAUGUGGAGAUGGUCUCUGCACAAGAAGAUGGAGAGAAAUCCAGGAAAGAGCUCCGUUCUGGUCCGAAUUCUGCUCAGAGAGCUGGAGAAGGCAGAAAGCGAGGACGCACGGCGUGUCAUCAUACCCUUGCUGCUCACUCUAAUGUCAGUGCUCACUAAGGCGACCGGCAUCACGGAAGAUCUAUACCAUAGAGCUUACACCUUCUGCACCAGGCUGCUGACCUUGCCAGCCCCCUACUCUACAGUCGCCUUGGACUGUGCCAUAAGGCUGAAAACAGAGACGGCUGUCCCAGGUACGCUGUAUCAGCGGACUGUCAUUGCGGAGCAGAACCUGAUAAGUGAGCUCUACCCUUACCAGGAGAGAGUGUUUCUGUUUGUGGACCCCGAGCUGGUUUCUGCCUCCGUGUGCAGUGCCCUGCUGCUGGAGAUCCAGGCAGCCCAAGAGCAGCAGACACCCGAGGCCUGCAUGCGCCACGUGGUCUCCCAUGCCUUACAGGCAGCUCUGGGAGAAGCCUGUCACACAGGUGCUCUGAACAGGAAGCUGCAGGCCAGCUCCCGUCGCGUACUAGAAUACUAUUUCCACGCUGUCGUGGCUGCCAUAGAGCAGGUGGCUAGCGAGGACAGCCCCAGCCGGCUGGGACACCUGGAGAGGAUGGAGGAGAUUUACUGCUCGCUGCUAGGAACUGCGACCACAAGAAGGCGCUGCGUCGUCUGCUCCUUUCUUCAGGUGACCUCCUCCAAGACCGACUGCCAAGCAUCCCCCUGCCCAGUCCCUACAUCACCUUCCACCUGUGGACUGACCAGGAGCAGCUCUGUACGUGCCGGAGCCUCUGAGCUCCUGUAGAAUUGGCUGAGAACCGUGGUGUAUGUCUGCGUGUGUUCAUGUGUCUGUGCUCCUGUCUGUGUUCAAGCUUUGUUCUCUGAGUUGGUCCACAUGUCUGGACAAAAUUGCAAAUCUUUUCCAGGUUGGAUUAGCCCAGUGCAUUAGCCCUUGGUCUCUUGUAUUCGUGUGAAUGCCAUCAAUGUCUCCCAAAGGGAGGCAAGCAAAACCCAUUAUGGUACCUUCCACAGCAUUCAUUUCCCACUACUGUUGUGUCCUACUCCACUUCUCGUGGCUCUUCUAGCAAGUGAGGACAAGGACAUCAAUUUUGGUAGAAAGUAUUGAUCUGGAGUACUGGGUUCAAGUCUUGACACUUCCUUUUGCCCAGUGGGUCAUGGUAGAUCCCGUCUCUCUCUGAACCUAAAAGAGAAAACCUCCAAGUCUUCCCUGGAGCUGGUGGCCUGGUACCUGUGUCCCAGGGGGAGCUUCCCCACAGGAAGUGGGGUGUUGGGAGGGACCCAGGGGCAGCUAAAUGUAGGAGGUGCUGGGUUAAGCAUUGUCUUCUUUAGUACUGGAGUUUUACAUGGGAUUUUAAUAUGUUUAUUGAUUGACUGGAUGUGGUGGUGCACACCCUUAAUCCCUGUACUCAGGAGGCAGUGCCAGGCAGAUCUCUGUGAGUUCAAGGCCAUCCUGAUCUACAUGGUGAGUUCCAGAAUUGCCAGGAUUACAUAGAGAGACCCUCUCUCAAAAAACAAAAAACAAAAACAAAACAAAAAAAAAACUAAAACAAAACAAAA